UGUCGGUCUCCUACUUAAACGUAUUUCCUAUUUCUCCCUCUCAAAGGUCAAAUCGGACUAUCCCCAAUCUUUAUUCUUCAAUUUUGACCUAAUCCAAUCCUCUGAUCCAACACAAAGCUUUGCUCUCUUCUUCAGUGAAUUUUCGAUUCGACGCCAUGAAACUCUCCUUCUCUCUCCCUUCCAAAUCAAAAACCUCCCAGAAAGCGGCCAUCCCCAACCCCUCCGCCGCCCAAGAAGACCAAAACCACAAAGAAUUCGUCACAGAAUUCGACCCUUCCAAAACCCUAGCCGAUUCCAAACCCUCCUUUGUUAUACCUCCCAAACAGAACGAAUGGCGUCCCUACAAGAAAAUGAAGAAUCUCGAUCUCCCUUUCCAAUCCGAUGCUUCUCGUGAUCUCAAAUUCGAGCUCGAUUCCUCAUCUAUUAAUCCCGACUCGGAGUCCGGAAUCUCAUACGGUCUCAAUCUCCGUAACAACUCUACCAAGGGCGAGGCUGAUAUCAUUGAGGUAGCCACUGCGUCUGCUGCUCCAGUCGAGACGGUUCUUCUCCAGAGUUUUAAAGAGGAUAUAGAGAGGCUGCCCGAUGAUCGAGGGUUUGAGGAGUUCGAGGAUAUGCCUGUUGAGGGUUUCGGUAAGGCUUUGCUUGCUGGUUACGGGUGGGUUGAAGGGAGAGGAAUUGGGAAAAACGCAAAAGAAGAUGUCAAAGUUAAGCAAUACGAACGGAGGACCGACAAAGAGGGGUUAGGGUUUAGUUAUAAGGAAUUUAAAUCUAAAGAUAGGAUACACGGUUCGAAGAAUGUCAAAGAGAAUCUCGACAAAGAAGAAAGAGUGAAGGAGGAUGGAGAUGGCUUUUUUGUGGGUAAAGAUGUUAGAGUUAUCGAAGGAAGAGAGAUGGGUUCCAAAGGUAAUAUGGAGAAGUUGGGUGGCAAUUGGGUUGUUUUAAAAUUGAAGAACAGGGAUGAUGAAGUUAAAUUUCGUAUAUCUGAGAUAGCUGAUUUGGGUUCCAGGGAAGAAGAGAAGUGUUUGAGGAAACUGAAGGAGUUGAAGAUUAGGGAAGAAAAAUUGUCAAAACAUAAGGGCGGCGAAAGGAAGUCUAGCAAACGGAGUAUAGAGAGUGAAAAAAGGAGUGAAACGCAAGUUAAUGUUGAGAGAACUAGGAGUAAUGGUGAUAGAAGGGUUUCUUGGCUUAGAAGUCACAUUAGGGUUCGGAUUAUUAGUAAAAGUUUGGCCGGGGGAAGGCUGUAUUUGAAGAAAGGGCAGGUGGUGGAUGUUGUUGGGCCAUACAUGUGUGAUAUAUCAAUGGAUGAGAAUAAGGAGUUGAUUCAAGGGGUUGAGCAGGAACUGCUUGAGACUGCAUUGCCAAGGCGUGGUGGUCCAGUUCUUGUAUUGUACGGUAGGCAUAAAGGUGUAUAUGGAGAUUUGGUAGAGAGGGAUUUAGAUAGAGAAAUGGGUGUUGUUAGAGAUGCUGACAGUCGGAAGUUGCUAAAUGUGAAACUUGAACAGAUUGCUGAGUAUAUGGGUGAUCCGAGCUAUCUUGGGUACUGAAUAUGGCAUUUGCCUUCUCGCCACAAAUUAAUCCAUUCCAAGCCAAAUGAUACGAUCGAAAGGUAUUUUCUGCUAAAGUGUGCCCUUUUCUGAUAAAUCUAUGUUUACCAUUGAUUGGUAUGAAAAGCACCAAAUUAUCUACUUUUUGGGUCAAAAUAUAACCAUUCUUGCUGUAUUUUGAUUCAUGUUUGAGGUAUAAGCUUCUCCAUUAUUAUUCAACUGCAGUUUAAAAGAUUUCAAUU